AUGCCUCAGCACGACGAACAGACCAAUCCGUCUCACCCUCGCUCAAGGAGCACGUCUCUCGCGCUCCCGCUCGCGCCCCGCCCCACGAUCGCCGGCUCGCCGCGUCCGGAUAUGCAGAGAACCAGCAGCACCGCGGGCCACGCCACCACGGCGCCUCGUCCGAGCUCUCUCGCCGUCGGAAAUGCUCUCUCGUCUGAGCAGGAAGUGAAGCCCUUGCCCCCCAUCGCCGACACCACCUCACCCGCCCCCACCCCCAUCCUCACCCUCGUCCACAUCCACUGCCACCAAACCUACCACUACCUCACCUGCGGCCACGGCACCUUCCAGCCCACAACCGCCUGCAGCGCCAUCAACUGUCUUUCGCCGCAACCCUACCAAAUGUCCUCCCCUCUCUACUGUCCCGACUGCGCAUACGCGCCGCACCGCAUCGGGACUGAGGCAGACCCUCGCUGCGCCACGGCUGAGGCGUUCGAGAAUGGCGUGCGCAUCCAUGGCGUGCUGGAGACGAUUGUGCGGGAGGUAAUGGAUGCGAAUCAUGCGAAUAGGGAGAGCUGGGAGGGGUGUACGGAGGAGGAGCGGGUGGUGGUGAAUAGGGAGGGGGUCGGGGAGAUGGUGGGGGGCCCCGUAGAGCUUGUUGGUGGGCUUGUGGGGUUGGUUGUGCGGAGGGAGGACUCGUAGAGGGUUUGGGCAGGGCUGGGUGGGUUUGCGGCGUAGAUAGUUUCUUUUUCGGGUGGGUACAGGUGCUUCUUAAUACAUACCUACUCCUAUACCUUCGUCGCAUACACGCCUCUCUCUCAGAACUUACUGUCACUAAUAUAGCACACAAACGCAC